AUGAAAAAAUUGGUUAACAGUGUCUUUAACCUAAACCCACCCAAAGUAGAACCUGCAGAAGUCGACAAUAAAACGACUUCCGUAUCACAUAGUGUAGUAAAACCCGUAGCCAGCCACAAGACACAAGACCGAAACGAUGAAGUCUACGUGGAAAACUGGGUCGUUAUUCCGCCUGAUGGUGGAUGGGGAUGGGUAGUGGUUUUUAGUUCGUUUAUGUGCAACUUUGUUACGGAUGGUUGUAUGUACUCUUUUGGCAUGUUUCUGGAGGAAAUCGGUGAGGAACUAAAAGCAACUCCAAAUUAUGUGGCGAUAGCCAAUUCCAUCAUGAGUGGGUUUUACUUUCUUCUUGGUCCCGUAACUUGUGCUCUUAUGAACCGAUUUGGCUUUCGCACUAUUGGAAUCACAGGAAGUAUUAUAUCAAGCAUUGCUUUAUUUGCGUCAUCAUUAUUAACUCAUAUAACUCCAUUUUUGUUGGUGCUUGGAAUUCUUGGAGGAAUUGGCUUCAAUAUGAUCUUUACCCCGUCAUUUGUAGUAGUGGGAUUCUAUUUUGAAAGAUGGCGUGCUUUGGCCACAUCAAUUGCAGUUUGUGGUUCUUCAAUUGGCAUGGUAGUAUUUCCCUUUGUAGCCACCAAGUUACUUGGCAGUUUAACUUGGAGAAGUAAAUUUCAAAUAAUCGGAGCUUCAUUAUUUUGCUGUUCAUUUCUGUGUAUAACAUUUAAACCAUUAAAACCAACAAACAUCUAUAUCUCUGAAGAAAAAAGAGUACAGUUUAUUAAAGAAAUCGACUCUAUAGGUUCGUUUCACAUAGAAAAUGAAGGCGAAAAAAAUAAGAACUUUUUUAAAAGAUUCCAUAGCAUUUUAUUUCCCUCAAAACAAGAUGUUACUUCUUCCAUGAUUUCCUCUUUAGACAAGAAAGCUUCCGUUGAUAAUUCUUACCUAAUAGGUGCAACAGGCACUAGUGCAUCAAGUGUAGCUGAUAAAAGUGGUCUAAAAUCCAUAAAUUCUGAUAGAUUGUUUACAGUUCCCGAAGAAGAUGAGCAAGAAAUCAAUCACAAUUUAUGUUGCUAUAGAACAAAAGUCAAGUGUUUUGAAUGCUGUGAGAAAUUAAGUUGUGCCAGAAGAACCACUGAAAAUAGACCUAUGUAUAGAGAAGACAUUUUUUAUACUGGAUCUCUGUAUACUGUUCCUGAAUACUCCAGAUCCAUUAUGGCAGGACCAUCUACUAAGAAAUCAGCCAUUGAAUAUCACGUGUCUGUAACAAAAGUAGCUACUCAGCAAGAUUUAGAAAGAAAGUAUCUAAAAUGUUUGCCAGUUAGUGUUAUGACCCCAUUACGAAAAAUGCUAGAUUUUGGCCUUUUUAAAAAUGUUGCAUUUAUCCUUAUACUUCUUAGUGGUAUGUUCUCGUUGCUAGGAUGCUACACACCUUUUGUAUUUAGCGAAUUACGAGCAUCAGAAAAUGGAGUGCCAGCAUCCAUGACCUACUUGGUUUUAUCAGUUGUUGGAGUAUCUAAUACUUUUGGAAGAAUUACGUGUGGAAUAAUAUCCUCAUUUCCAAAAAUAAAUGCUUUAACAGUGACUUAUGUAUGCACGAUAUUUUGUGGAUUGGUUACUAUAGCAUCAAAUUAUUUUUACUCAUUUGAAUGGCAGAUUGUUUAUUCAGUGUUCUUUGGAUUCAGCAUAGCGUGUUUAUCUGCCUUAAAAUCAGUGAUAUUAGUGGAUCUCCUUGGUUUAGAAAAACUUACAAAUGCAUUUGGUUUACUUCUAUUGUUUCAAGGAGUUGCCUCUUUUAUAGGAGUUCCCACAUCUGGAGCCUUAAAGAACUAUACUGGAAGUUACAAGGCCAGUUUCUUAUUUGCUGGUUGUAGUAUUUGCUUAAGUGGACUUUUAUUGAUACCAAUAACUUUUUUAAAAACGAAAAGGGAUCAAGUAAUCGAAGAAAAUAAAGACGAACAAGAUAAAGACGCACAAGAUGAACUACAUAAAAUAGAUUUGCCGGUAAAUGUUCAGUCUUUGGUAGCUGAUUUAAGUGAUGCAGCAAGCGUUCAGCCAACAGUUCCAAUAAUACUUGAGGAUAACAUUAAAAAUAAUAAAAAGCAAUAA